AUGGGAGCCAAGAUUCUCCUUUUGGUUGUGAUUUCAGCAUUUGCUUGCACUAUCAAUGCAAGGACCCUUUCGCUGGAAAAGAAUGCAGUGGAUGAGCAGAAGACAUUUUUUCACCCCCACUUUCAUCCUUAUCGUGGGCCUUUUGGUGUUGGGGGAGGAUUCGGCACUGGUAGAGGAGCUGGCUUGGGGGGUGUGGGAGCAGGUUUAGGUGGAGGGUCCGGCUUCGGUGCUGGUGCAGGAGGCACUGGCGAAGGAGUGGGUGGUGGAUUAGGUAAUGGUGCUGGAGCCGGAGGAAGUGGACUUGGGUCUGGUGGCAUAGGAGGAACUGGUGGAGGGUUUGGCAUGGGCAGUGCAUUUGGUGGAGGAGCUGAUGGAGGAUUUGGAAGUGGUCUGCCCUGA